AUGGCCGACGAAGUGGAAGCGCUUCCGCCGGGCUUGGAGAACCGCAUCUCGUGGGACGACCUCGACAAGCGCAAGUACUACGUCAUCGGCCCAAGCGUCUUCGUCUUCGUCCGCGCCGCUGUCUACCCGAGCAACCUCGUCAAGACCCGGCUCCAGGUCCAGAGCCGGUCCAAGCCGCUCUACACGGGCACGAUCGACGCCUUCCGCAAGAUCGUGCAGCAAGAAGGCUUCCUCGGGCUCUACAAGGGCUUUGGCGCGAGCCUCCUCAACAUCUUCAUUGGCAACCUCUACAUCUCGGUCUACGAGUUUACGCACAAGCUCGCCAUGGAGAACGUGACGGAGACGCCGAGCGUGGCCAACUUUAUCUCGGGGGCCACGGCGUCCAUCAUCAACCAGACCGUGAUCGUACCACUCGACAUUGUCUCGCAGCGCAUGAUGAUCGAUGGCCAAGGCGGCCCGUCGGUCGACCAAAGCAAGUCGCGGAAACGAGCGCAGGGACUGAUCUCGAUUGGCCGCGAUAUCUACCGACAACAGGGGCUGCGCGGCUUCUACAAGGGCUACAUCCCGUCCAUCUGCACGUACGCGCCGUCGUCCGCGCUCUGGUGGGGCUGCUACGGCGUCGUGUGGCCGCACUACUACCGCUGGCUCAACCUCGAUAUCGACCCCAUGUGGCGGCAAUCGAUCGCGCAGGCCAUUGGCGGCGGCACGGCGGGCGUCAUCACCGCCGUCGUGACCAACCCCAUGGACGUCAUCCGCACGCGUACGCAGAUCCACACGCAGUUUGGCGCCGUCGACACGUUCAAAUACCUCAUCCAGCGCGAUGGAAUUCCUGGCCUCUGGACCGGCGCCCUUGCGCGCGUCAUGGCCAUGGGUCCCUCGGGCGUGCUCGUCAUCACGGCGUACGAACUCGUCAAGCGUCUCUCCAAGAAAACUGACUCGGACGAGAGCAUGGCCCUUGCAUUGUAG